UCUGGUGCACUUACAUUAAGCAUUCUUUCAUCAUGGGAUGGGCAAAAUAUGCCAGAGGAAAGCUAUCUUUGCCUGUUAUCACAGGAAUCUUCUGUGCACUAACAUUCACUGUUUUAUUGUACACUGAAAGGAUUACUACUUCUUCUUCUGGUUUUCAUUUUGGGAUCAAAACUUGUCCGAGACGAAAUGCUGCAAAGUUGAAAAAACACAAUACAGGUGUUAGAGAAUUGAAGAGCAGUCCACUAGACAAUCCAACAGAUGAUAGGUUCGUAUUUGAUCCCGAAGAAUGCAGCCUCAAUAACGGAAAAUGGGUGUUCAAUACUUCGAUUAAGCCAUUAUACACAGAUAGAACUUGUCCAUAUAUUGACAGACAAUAUUCUUGUACUAAGAAUGGACGAGACGAUUCUGAUUAUCUUCACUGGGAAUGGCGACCUGAUGACUGCAUCUUGCCAAGGUUUGAUCCGAAGAUUGCCCUUAGAAAACUCCAAGGAAAGAGGAUAAUGUUUGUGGGGGACUCAAUACAGAGAAAUAUGUGGGAAUCUUUUGUGUGUUUGGUUCAAUCUGUGAUCCCAGAAGGCGAAAAGUCUAUGAAACUAGGUCGGGUUUAUUCCGUCUUCAAAGCUAAGGAAUACAAUGCCAGCAUUGAAUUCUACUGGGCACCAUUCUUGGUUGAGUCAAACACAGAUAUUCAUAUAAUAGCUGAUUCAAAACAGAGAAUCAUUAAAGUGGAUUCUAUCGCAGAGCGUGCCAAACAGUGGUUAGGAGUAGAUAUCCUUGUUUUCAAUACUUAUGUUUGGUGGAUGAGUGGAGUUAAGGCCAAGGCAUUAUGGGGAGAGUUUGCAAAUGGAGAAGAGGGAUAUGAAGAAUUCGAUACCCCCAUUCCUUACAAGCUAGCAUUGAGGACAUGGGCGAAUUGGAUUGAUUCAACAAUUGAUACUAAUAAAACAAAGGUGUUCUUUACCACCAUGUCACCUACGCACCAAAGAAAUGAAGAUUGGGGGAAUAUGAACGGUACGAGGUGUUUCAACGAGACAAGACCAGUGAUGAAGAAGGGGCAUUGGGGAGUUGGUUCAAACAAAGAUUUGAUGAAGGCAGUAGUUGAUGUAAUAGGAAGGAUGAAAGUUCCUGUUACUGUUCUUAACAUAACACAAUUAUCUGAGUACAGAAUUGAUGGACAUGCUUCGGUUUACGGUGAAUUAGGAGGCAAAUUGUUAACUGAUAAGCAGAAAGCAGAUCCUUUGAAUUUCGCAGAUUGUAUACAUUGGUGUUUGCCUGGAGUUCCUGAUACUUGGAAUAGAAUGCUUUAUGCAUAUUUGUAGCAAAAAUAAACAAUAUGGAGAACAAGAAAAAAGAAUGUAAAAACUCUC